CUCUGUUAGGUUAUAAUGUGGUGGUGCUUGGAUAUGGUUGUAGCUUCGAUAAUAUUUUCGACAUCUUCAGCAAACAUUUUCCUUUCAAACAUUGAUUUAACGGAUGUGCCGAUUGAAAGUUAUGUAGUUCAAGCAGGCGACAACACAAGUUUUCCAUGUACAGGAACAACAGAAUAUUCACUUGUUACGGAACUUGAAUGGCGCUUUUUUACCAAGACACAAAACAUUAAGAUAAUUGAAUACGCUAAGGGUAACACAAUCGUAGCUUAUAAGCAACACAGAAUAUCGUUACAAUCAAAGACCCAUGCCCUUAAUUUUAAACCAAUAAUUGCCCAAGAUACUGGAAAUUAUAUAUGUUUAGUUAACAACCGACCAAGACCGGAUGGUGUCCUUCAACUUAUUGUACAAGACAGGCCAGAUCCUCCUGGUAGGCCCUUAGUGAUGGGUUUUACAUCACGAUAUGUAAAUUUAUCCUGGGCAGCGCCAUCAGAUGUGCACUUCAGUAAUGUUCUCUACUAUGUCAUUCUUAUUAGAGUUGGGGAGAAAGGUGAAUGGAAUGAUAACGGCAAUAUUACCCCCGAUAAUAGAACAAAUUACAAAAUGACGGGUUUAAAGCCGUAUAGUGUGUACAGUUUCAAAGUAAUUGCAGUAAAUGAAAUGGGUAGAAGUGACCCUAGCCAAGAAUCCUAUUAUAUUAUCACCCUCCGAGAAAUCCCUUCGGGAAAUCCCACAAUCAUAACAGCGCAUAAUACCUCGUCUUCUGCAAUUCAUGUGAGUUGGAGGCCCCCCGAUUUGGAUACAAUUAAUGGAGAAUUUAUGGGGUAUCGCAUAACAUACAAGCAACGAAAAAAAGAACAUAACGCUUCGGAAAUUUAUAUACGCGAUCCGGAUGUAAAGAGCCACGUUAUUGAAAACCUCGAAACAUACACGCAAUAUUUGGUUUCUGUAGCAGUUUUCAACCCUGAAGGGUUUGGACCAGCAUCUACAGUACUUGUGAUGACAGACGAGGGUGAUGUGAUGGUAUACGAGGACAUCCCACUGAACAGGCUUUAAGAGUGUCACACGAAGUAUCAAUUAAACAAUAAAAUAAAUAAAAAACACCACUCACUAUUUAAGAAUUAAAAAAAAAAAAAACAAUCGCUUACCACCUCGGUAACACACGCCACAAAGUAAACAAAAAACGUGGAAGAAUGUAAUAUUUAUA